AAUAACAAUUCGAAACCUUGGAAGCUAGAUUGUCAGAAUUACAAAAAUCACGAUAUAACAGUGAACGACCUUAAUGAUAUGAAGAGUAGAUAUCAGGAAUGUCUGUCGAAAAUUAACGAGCUCUACCUUAGACUUGCUGAAUCCCAAAGCGAGGAACUCAAGAAUUACACCCCUUCAACGCCGAUGACACCGAUAUCGCCCACUAGUUCAGUCGACCGAAUGUCCCUUUCGCAAACCUUCAUUUAUAGCGAAAGCUCUCCGGGAUUCCGUAAGUCACGUGACUUAGAGCGUGAAGCUGUAGAAAUAACGACCAAGAUGGAAAAGAAAAAGAGAAGCUUACGGAAGAGUUCCGCCGCCGAAUCAACCAACCUGUCCUCACGAAGCCGCAUCAAGACCUACAAAGACAAGACAUGGUUAGCAUAUACUUCAACGCCAUAUAAUUCCACUAGCAUACAUGUACCUACAAAAUAUAUGCCGCGCCGCACCAUCAAGAUUCUACAAAAAUGA